GAAAUGGUGGGUAGCAAGAAGACGUUCGCAGUGAUACGCGCCGUCUACGAGCACCAUUGUUCGCCAGAAGACUUUGUCCGCGAAUUGGAUUUUGUCCUUGAGAAGAAUGUUAAUGUGGUGAUUAUUGAACCUGACGAGUUGGGUUUUGUUCUCCUCAUUUUAGGUUUCGCCGCUAUAGCUGGUACAUUUUUGGCGGUUCUGUGUGAAGGCCAUGGAGGCAGAGUUGCCACUUCCCUCACCACGGUUCCACGUGGUAUUUCGACUAGCCUCCUUCCUAGCGUGUUUUUUGGUCUCGCAUCCGCAACUUCUUCUAGCCUUUACGCUCUUUUUUGGCAAUGGGAUCCUUGCGCUAAAUACCAGGUCGCAAAGUCCCUCUCCUCUCUUCCUUCAUGCGUCGUCGCAGCAGCCUCUGUCUCGACUAGCGGUUCAUCCUCGUCGAAUGAGGCCUCUCAACAGACUCCUGCUCGCCUUUCCACGCAUCACUGUCACUCUUCCAAGUCCUCAUGCUGCGGGGCUGCAGGUUGCGGUCAUUGUGCCGAACUUGGACAGCGUCCUGUGGUCUUAAUUCGUCGAGAUGAUUUCUAUCGCAAGGUCAUGCAUAACACAGUUUCAAUAGGUGCCAUCAUCUGUGUUUGGCUCGCUGUCUACCGAUGGCGAUGA